ACCAAAUUCAAAAGAAAGCCUAGAGAGACUACUCCAAAUCAGCAGAUAAAAAUUUAUUCUUUUCACGCUUUGUGGCUUCUUAGAACAGAUAUAAUUAUAUACACCCUUCAGAUACUCAACGCAUUUUCUACCCAACUCACGCCGUGACAUGGAUAUGAAUUUUGAUUUGAUUCUUCCUUUGACUCCAAAACUAUGUUUAAUAAACCUCAUAAGCUAUCAUAUCCCGUCUUGAGAGUUCGCGGGAGUCUUCGAUUUAUUAAAACCCAUUCAGAAUCGCCUUAACAUGCGAAUAGCUAAAAACUCAUUUCACCACAAAGAGGGACCUCGGCCUCACGCGACUACCUCUGCUAUGUAUUCGUCCAUCGCCGUCUACUUGUGUGCAAAAUUUAAGUCAAGUUUUCUUGUCUGCUUUAUUUUUAUUCUGAUCAAAUCACUCACAUACGGAGAGAAUGUUCAAGAAUAUUUCCGGGUAAGGCUUGAUGAAGUUUUGGAUUUCCCAUCUUACAAGAUCUCCAAUCGUAGAGGUCAGGAUAUCUGCGGAUUCGAGUGCUCAAGAGAGAAAGAAUGCAGAUCCUUUAACGUUGGGGAAAAUAAAUCUACUGGCUUUUACGACUGCUUUAUGCUUAGGAUCAGUGAAAACUCCCCCCAAGCGGUGUUUACAGCAAAGCAGGGUUUUAAUCAUUAUUCUAAAUUGUCACCGUGUGUAUUCAGCCCUUGUAGUAAUGGCGCAACAUGCGUACUGGCCACUAAUCAUGAUUCGUAUAGCUGCACUUGCUAUGAGGGGUACACAAGUCGGCACUGCGAAACAGGUCUGGAAGACUUUGAUAUAUAUUUCCCUUCCACUUACGGUAACACGAAAGAUUUCGUCAUUAUAUCAUACAACAGUUCAGUAAUGACGUCAUUGACCCUGAGCUUUUGGCUGAGGACUGGGGCGGGGGAGGAAAGCUGCCUUGUUAGCUACGCAACGGAUACCCAAGACGACGAAUUCACCCUCUGUACUGCCAAAAAUUUGCGUCUUUAUGUUAAUGGCGUGUAUAUGUCAUCUGGAGUCUCGGUGAAUGACAACCACUGGCACUACAUCGUUGUCACGUGGUCUAACGACGCCCCCUGGUCACUUUUCAAGGAUGGUGUUAACGUAUUUACCUCUAGCACGGUUCUUCAGCCAGGUCACGUGAUACCUGGAUCGGGGACGGUGGUACUGGGGCAGGACCAGGAUGCAAUUGGGGGUGGGUUUGAUGUUGCUGAAGCUCUUGCAGCGUCGUUCGUGUCCCAGGUUAACCUUUGGAACUCAGUGUUAAAUGAGGCAAAUAUCACGGAGCUGGCCCAAGCAUGCCGGAAGCACGAGGGUAACACGUGGCGUUGGAGUGAUUUCCGGUCUGGCGUGAAUGGGGACGUCGUGACUAUUAGUCCGUCACGAUGUGGAGAAACAUAAAGCGUGUGGAACACCCCUCUGUAACAGACCAAGCCAAACCUAGAUACUCGUCGGGAUUUUUGGGAACUUACCAGGUUUGAAUUUUUUACCGGGUCAGCUAAUUUUUUAUUUAGAAAUUUCAAUUCGCACCGGGGAGACUUAACACGGGCACCUCCCCCCCCCCCCCCCCCCCCCUUGGCAGCCAAAACGUAAUCUUCAAAUACCAUGCCUUUUCCAUAUUAUUCAUAUGUCUGCACACACCCCCUCAGCCAAUCUUGGGUACGCUCCCGAAAAGCUCGUCGGGUGGGCCGAAAAUUUCCUUCGGAUCGGGUUUCGCCGGGUCUUUCUUUUACAAAGGGAGGUUGUAGAAUUGUCUAGAGACAUGAGGCCAAGGGGAAGCAGAGUGUGUACGCAUUUACCAUGGAAACCAUGUUUGCUGUUAAUAUAGGGGCUCGAUUUAUUUGGCAAAUGCGUCACAUUCUAGAGUAAGUUGGACGUAUCGGACAAGCGAUAGCGAACUAUUUAUCAAGAUUUGUCGACAGUGCAUGCUUUAACAGUGUCACGCAGUUUCUUCACGAACUACACUUUAAGGGGCAGUGCCAUGGUAAGAGCUUUGCAAAAGCUCUCCGGCCCAGACACAAUGAAUUUCAGUCAAAUUCCAAUAUUGACUUAUGAGCCUUUGGUAUGUGUUGGAGACUUAAAUUCAAAGAAAAUGACCACAAACUGUCAAUAAACACAGUUUUCAAUAAAAUAUUGUAUAUUAACAAGGUAAUGAUAGCUUAAAGUUCAUUUUUUUGUAGACAAUUAAAAGCCUACAACAAACACUGACUCCAGACAUGCGCAGUACCAUUACGCUGCCCCUUUAAAACGGAAACACGAAAAUUACUUUACUUUGAUUAAAAUGCAGCUCCAGGGAAAGUGAAGACCGUUUUGGGCAAAAUGUACAUUAUCUGAGGCUUACUUUCCCGAAAAAAAUUUCGAAUUCCUCCAAUCCCGAAUAUUUUGCAGCUUUUCAAACACAUGCGAUAUACACGCGACCGUAAAACACGUCCGUCGCUGACCGGCAAAAUGUAUUGCGGGCCCAUGGCGCGAAAAUCCUGUUGCAUUAUUUAUGCGCUUUUAUUGUCGCAAUCAGCAAUCUCACAGCCGUCUAGGAAUCGCGAGUUAAAACGUUACAAUGAGCUCUACGGAGUAUUCAGAAUUAUCGGAAAAUGAGUUGACCGACGAAGAGAACGAACCGGAAUGUAUAGAGUCUUUACAAGAAACGGCAACAUCUAUAAGUGAAGCGGCAAACGAGUUUCUUCCGUAUCAAGACGAGCCGAUCGCCGACGUUCCUGCCAGCAGAGGUCUCUUUUCUCUGUAUUUCGCUGCGAACGCCAGCCCAGCGAAAUACAGAAAAAAGCGGCCUCUGCUAGCAGGGAAUCGCCGACGAAGAGUGGUUGGCGAAUAACAACGCUUUUGUGGAUAUUCCCAAAAACACAAGAAAAACAAGAUAAUUAACAUUGGAGAUGCAGCAAUAAUAAACGUAGAGCUGAAUAAGAUAAUAGGCAACACACAACUGCUAAUGGCUGGCUGCCGCUUAGAUCGAUAGACCGUCUGCUUCUCGCAACUCCUAAACUGUUCCUCACAGGCUUUUUGGUGGCUGGCUUGUGUGGAGUAGCUCCGGUUUCUUUAGCGUUCGUUUAUUUUUUUUCUCCUUCCAUAGUACAUUCUUGAAUCAACAACACGACGUAAACAUGGGCCAUGCUUUCCGCAGAUACAACAACAUAGCCGUUAUGACCGUUUUUCAACGAUCUCUAGUCUGUCGAAACUUGGGCCCAUUAGCAUUUUCUCGACUAUUUGAGUAUUGCAUGACAUUCAAGGUAAAUAUUCUCUAGUCAAAACCUUAAUGGACCCAAUCAUUUGCGAGCUGGAUUCAUUUUUGUGCAAGGUCAAUCUGCUAUGAACUUCGACGAUGGCGUCGUGUUGUGUCACGCCUUACAAAUCAACGGCUAAAAUCUAUAUUAAAAUGUCCCGGCUGCAACUUUUGCUUAAUAAGAGAUAUAGUCCCAAUGCUAUAGAAUACGUUUUUAUAAUAAUACUUACAUUUCAAGCUGUUUGAAGCGGUGAAAAAGCAAUAAAGUCAAUGAUUCUCUGCGAAGUAGGGCACUCGAUUGUAGAAGUGUGACAACAACUGAAAUCCCCCGACAGGCUCCAAAUAUGGCAAUAUUUGGAGCCUGUCGGGGGAUUUCAGUUGUUGAAAUCGCGCCUUCUCGAACUCUGACCGAGAGGGGACUGAGUUGGUUGGUGUUUCAAGAUGGCGGCCAAACCAAGCCAAAUCGCGUGCGUUUGAAAUAAUGCAAAAUAUUCGAUUGGAGGAAUUUGAUAUUUAUUUUAGGGGAAGUAAGCCUAAUGUACAUUUUGCCCAAAACGGUCUUCCCUUUCCCUGGAGCUGCACUUUAAGAACAUUUUCUUAGAGACCAUUUCGCUCGCAUAUACCUACCAUAUUGGUACGACAGAAUUUCGCUCAUAAGUAAUUGCUCCUUUUUUCGAUAACGUAGAUCCAUCAAUGUUUUUUUUUGAAAACCGUCGUUCCCAUGCUCGCUCAGUCAACACCUUAUAAGGAGAUAGAAGCGACCACUUAUUGUCAAGUGUUAAAGACUGCAUGUUCGUAGGUAGCGUAUUGCUUGAGUGAGUUACAGAACUCUCACGCAGGUCUGCAAGAGCCGUUAAAUC